AUGGAUCCCGUAGAUAGUUUUAAAUUACUGCUAACGGAAACUAUUGAGGCUCGUGAAAAAAAUGCUGAGCGGGAAUCAAGUCAAUCAGAUCCAUUAGAGGGUUUAUUUAAUGGCAUUUUUGAUUCGCCAGUGAAGAAACUGAAGAAGGAGAAAAAAUGCCAAAUAAAUCCUGAAGAAGGGCUGGAAUUGGAACAAUCUGAUACAAUUACCAAACUAGUUACAGAGUUUUAUAGGGCAUCUUCGGCUGUUGGGAAUACGGGCGAGAUUAUAAAUUAUAUUGUUAGUCUACUUGGGCCUUCGUGGCAACGCAUUUGUCUCAUUUUAUCAUUAUUUGGAGCUUUAAUAACAGACUCCCCUACAACAUAUGGAUUGUUAUUGGGACUUGGUGGUGAUAUUUCGAACCCAUCAUCUGUUCUUCAACCUGCUCUUUCAGUUCCCAUUCCAGCAAUUUUCGAAUACCUUACAGCGCAACUUAACAUUUCUUGUCAAGAGUUAUGGAAUGGAAUCCUGUCUUUUAUGAUUAUAAUUAUCCGACAAUAUCCACAUGCAAUGAUUGAGAUUUCGUAUUUGGCUACAGAAAUCAUAAAGAACAUUUUAAAGCAAAUUGAAUCACUUAAGGAUAAUCUCACAAAAACAGAACUUGAUUGUGUAAAAAAAGGAAAGGAAGUUAUUGAUAUAUUUCUAAAUGGAAAAGAUUGUGGAGGAGUGGGUUGUGUAUCACAUUAUCAGAUUAUUGAACAAAUACAAGAACUAUAUGGACCGCCCGUAAGAGGACAAUUCAUAAAGGUUCAUUGGACGUUGGAGAAUUUUAUUAAUGAAUUAUCACAACGUCGAAGGCGUCUUGCCUUCUUAAUGAUACCUCCUGAUGCUGCAUGGCCUUUGGUUUCACAUUACAGCCGUUCUCAUGAACAUAUUGACUUUUCAAAAUUAGGAGGUUAUCAACUAUUUCAAUAUGAUUAUGAACAGUUUACAAAAGAAGGUCAAGCAACAAGUCAUUUUUCAAAAUUUCGAGAUAUGUUUUUUCAACGUGCUCCUAUUGAAGAAGUCGAGGCAAUGAUAAAGGACGUAAAGCUGACUUCUGUUGGAUUAGAACCUAUGCGUGCAGCUUUUUUUACUAAAGUUCAUGAUGUUAUUAAGUUAGUGCAAAGUCAUCCAAAUUUUAGUGAACUUAGACGGGAUUUAGAAUCUUCAAGUGAUGAAAUAAAAGAUACAUUAAUUCCUGAAAAUUUGGAUUUUUGGGAACUUAUUAUUGAACUUGGAGAUCAAUUAUAUGGACUAGUUGCUUCAGAAUACAUCAAGUAUGAGGAAGUCUUGCAAGAAUUUCAUCAUAUGGUUUACCCUAAAAGCGGAGAAAAUUUUAUAAAUCGGCAAAAUACUUUGUCCAAGGAUAAUACAUUAAUUUGGUUACUGCUACAACUUUUCCAUAUUGAAAGGAUUGGAACCGAAAUUAUUACCAAGGAUCUUGCUAAUGAUGAAAGGUUGUUCAGUAUGCUUAUUCAGUUAUAUAAUGACCAACAAAUUAUGUCAGUGGACGCUUUUUAUUUGAGGGAUUUAUCUUUGCAAUGUGUGAUAGGUCAUCAAGGACAUGCAAUAAGGGAUAGAAAUAACUUAAAAUCCAGAUAUCCUCGACUUAGCGGUGUUUUAGCUCACUAUCAAUCACUACGUCGUUUACAACCCUAUUUUCAAAAUGUAUAUAAAAAUAAUGUCACAACGCAUGAUCUUUUUAAAGAUUUGCCGAUACAAGAAACAAUAAAGAUUGCUAUCAUCAGUCAACUUACUCAAAAUCUCGUUGCUGAUACUUUAUAUGUCCAUUCAGUUCCUGAUAAAUUAAUGGAUGUUGGUAUACUUGGAUUUCCAGAGGCAAAAUUCGCGCAAGGUGGAAAUGUUACUUAUAAAUUAUGUGAUUUUAUUAAUAUACACAAUAAGCACAGACUUGAACAACUCAUUUAUAAGAUGAUGCUUGGUGACAAAAUAACAUUCAAUUACCCCGCUGAGGAUCAAAAAAUAACCUGUGUAUCGCCUUACACUUUGGAUGUAGUUUACAAAAUUGUAUAUAGUGCUCCUUGGUCACUUGAGCUUAUGGUUAAAACGAUUCUUGAAAAAUUCAAAAAAGUUGAUAAAUUAUUAAAAAGUCAUGCAGAAAACAAUUUAAAGACAGAAGCAUUACCAGAACAGUCUUUAAGAUGGCAACAUACUAUUUUGCAAUUAUUCUGCCAUCGAUUUCUCCGAUUCUUAAAAUAUUCCUCUAAAGCUCCUGAUCUUUUACAUUAUAUAAAACAUUCAGUAUCCUAUUUGGAUCAUCGACAGACUUAUCGUGAUGCUGAAAUGUUUGCUAUACACAUUAUGAUGAUACAAACAGACAUCAAGUUCAUAAAAUCUAUAGAAGAUCCGAAAAGGGACAAUCCUACUUGGUUUCCAGAAUCAGAAUUAUUGGCAAGAUAUAUGAUUUUUACUUUGGCUAGAUUAAUUAAAUUUAGAGGACUUGACAACAUGAAACUCGAAAUCAUUCAGGAGCUUCUGCGAAAUAUAUACGUUCAGCCAUUAGAAUGGUCAGUUACAACUUUAAAUUAUUUUCCUGAACCUUUAUAUAGUUUCUUUUUACAACAAGAAGAGUCAGCGAAAGUUCCUUCUGUAUCUGAUAAAGAUAUUAAUGCAGUUUUGUCAAUAGGAAACUUAUUUAAAUUGGUUAUGGAUGAAAAAUUGGCAUCAGAAGAUGAAGCAUCGUUACAGGAAUAUUAUUCUAAACUCGAAAAUCAAUCAAUAUUUCUAUGUUCCUUGUGGAAAAUUGGAUGCUAUAGUAAAAGCUUAAAUCCAGAUAUGAUGAGCACUUUAAGGAAGGUGCUAUUACAAUUUCCACCUUCUAGAAUGGCCACAUAUACAACUGUAUUGAUCGAUUUUAUUAUUGAAAAGAUAGAUAAUGAUUCUAGCAGUCCUUCCAUUGAAGUGUGUUAUAAAAUGCUUGAGGAGUUAAUAUGGAGAUAUCAAAUUCUUGCAUUUGAACAUGUUCUUUUUGCGCUUAUAAGAGGACAGAGAGAAAAGAAUGCAACAGCAUUUAAAAUAUUAGAUUUUCUUUUAUUUAAAUCUGAAGAAUAUUCAGGGAGAGUAAAUUAUUUUAUAUCGUUGGGAUUUACUCAUAGGUAUUGGAUUGAAGAUGAUCAUCAUGAUAAACUUAUGAAGUAUCUUGAAAGAUAUCCCGAAUAUUUUCAAUAUGAAGCAUAUGCAAUAGGUGGAUAUGACGAAUAUGAAACUGUUGCAAAGAAAUUAGAUCCACCAUUAACUGCUACGAAUAUGCCAAUAUAUUAUACUAGUGCUAUAAGAAAGUCAUUGCCUAUAUUAGAUUUAGUAAUUGGUAGAUUAAUCGAAUUUAGUGAAACGGAAAUGUUGACAAGAUUGUUGGAUGAAUAUGGUCAAAUUUAUAAGUUUCAUCAAACACCUUUAAGCUUUGUAAGAGAUUUGUUGUGUUAUUAUUACCCCGCACCUACUCUUCGAGAUUCAACGAUUUGUUCAAAAUUAAUAAAGUUAUUAGAUUUCGAUGAGUACGAUUUUGCCACUGAAUUAUUGAAUUAUGGGACUAACGAAAUAUUAUUCUCGGGACUUUUUGAUUCCUCAUAUUUUGAAAAAGUUUUCCAUAAAUUGGCCAAUCAUAUGGAACCACAAAAAUGUGCCCCAAAGACGAACACAAAACUUCCAGAACGCCAUUUUCAAGAAAUUCCGAAUCCGGUGGUUCGAGCCUUACAUAUUGCGUGUGUUGAAGUCUUAGCAACACCUGUUAGUUCACAAGAUAUCGUCAAAUCAACAUUAGAUGUUAUUCUAAUGAAUGGAAGAAAGAAUACUGCAGUACAACCUAUUGUUUUACAUGCUAUGGGAUUGUUAUAUUCAUUCUUACCUACAAAAGAAUUUGUGGAUAAAAUGUUUGAUGAGAUGUUAGUAUUAAUUCAAACAGAUCCACACCUUGCAGAAUUUUCUCAGCCUUGUAAUAUAUCUGGAUGUGGUCCUUUAUUUUCAAGAACAUAUUCUAACAGGUCGCAUCUUCAAUCAAUGGAUCCUUUACAACAAUUAUUAUCAUCAAAUUCAGAGCAGCCAUUUUCAACAAUGUUUCCAUAUAUAUUUAAUGAUUACAGAUCUAAUUUACGUAAUUUUGGAACUAACGCAGCUAAUAGUUUCUUAACAUUUAUACAUAGUUUAUUACAUUAUUCAAAUAUUGAAGUUGUACAAGAUUUUUUAGAUAAAUUUGUAAUGUUAAAUGGAAUUAAGACAGAUAUACAGUUACUUUAUUUAUGCGCUUUGGUUGGACCGUUAAUAUAUAGAUUUGAACAUAAUUUUUUGUUUAUUCAAUCGUUUUUACGAACUUUCAUUCAACAUUUACAUGAUGUAACUUUAAAUAUGAAAUUGGAGGAAUGCGGAGACAGUACUUUAGCAUUGGAACAAAUUUAUGACUUUUUACACUGUGUUAAACCUAUCAUUAUGAAUGAUAUAUACACCAGCGGAAUUAUUAGGUUAUUAAAAUUACCUGUACAAAAUAGAUUAAGACUAUAA